GACCGCAUUGACGAGUUGGCAAUCAUGGAAAACUCGAACCGAACCUCUCGUCCCGGUUUCUGCAGCGAUAAAUACUCUCUGCUCGUCAUUGUUGGACAGCCCGGUCCGGAUGGAUUUGUGGAUUUUCUGGUGUCAGAGAUUGAAAGAGGUAUACGCUCUUGGGAUGUUGACCUGACCACCUGCAACCUAGAUGAACAACUCAAGCUCUUUAUUUCAAGGCAUUCUGCAUUCUUCUCAGAGGACCUCAAAGGUCAGAAGACACUGCAGCACAUUGGAGAUGUACUCGAGACCCAGGUGAUAGUGAACCCAUCUCAUGCUUUAGUUUGUUCAGAGAUUUGUCGUCUCAUAUCUGAUACGUCUCUUCAUAAGCUGCUAAUUCUCGCUGGACAGUGUGUUGAAGAGACAGGUGACCUUGUGUUACAAACAGGGUCUUUUUCACUGAAUGACUUCAUACACAUAUUUGCAGAUGAAGAGAUUGGAGAUCUUCUGAGCUCUGCAGACCCUACUAAAAAAGCUAAGAUAACUCUGAGCUGCUCCAAAACUGGGAUGUGGAAAAAUUCUCAGUUAGAAAAGCAUAAUUUGCAAGAGUUUAUCGAAAUUAAAACCAACCCUUUGUUAGUUCUGCCAGAGAUGGAGGGCCUUCAAGAGUUCACGGAGUAUCUUUCAGAGUCUCUCGAACCUCAGUCACCAUUCAAUAUGCUUGUGCCGCCCAGUACAGUGGGCUUCCUGAAACUGUCCCAUCCCUGCUGCUAUGUGUUUCCUGGAGGUAGAGGUGACAGUGCCUUCUUUGCUGUUAAUGGUUUCAAUGUCUUAGUCAAUGGGGGGUCGGAUUCACGUUCCUGUUUCUGGAAACUGGUGAGACAUCUAGACCGAGUUGACUCCGUAUUGCUCACCCAUGUUGGUGUGGAUAAUCUACCUGGUAUAAACAGCCUACUUCACAGAAAAGUGGCUGAACUGGAAGAGGAGUUGUCCGCUGGAUCUCAGAUCAAUGACGAUUGGCAGAAGAAUCUGAUAUCUCCAGAAAUAGGAGUUGUAUUCCUCAACGCUUCAGAAAGACUCAAAACAUUUCAGAGUGACCCCAGGGUCCUUCGAAGUUGUGAUCAGGUUGCACUAACAUUACAGCAUUUAGAAAGGUUGUCGAUUUCUCCAGAACAGCUCAGUCGCUCAACUGGCCCAGCUAUUGAGCCAGCUAUUCUCUUCCAGAAGAUGGGAGUAGGUCGACUAGAGCUUUAUGUACUCAAUCCAGUCAAAGGAAGCAAAGAACUAGAGGCUUUCUUGAAAACCUGGCCUAGUGUGAAAAGCUCAGAAAUCCCUCUAACCUGCAUGGUUUCCAUAUGUGCUCUGUUGGUAUGGCAUCCAUCUAAUCCUCGAGAAAAGAUCAUUCGCGUUCUGUUUCCUGGGUGCACACCUGAAUCCAAGAUCUUUGAAGGGUUGGAGAAGCUAAAACAUCUAGACUUCCUCAAGCACCCUGUGGUUAGUUUAGUGGACCUUGAGGCAUCAAAAUUGGGUAAACAGCCAAAGCAUGCGGAGAGCAAAGAAAGUCUUAAGAGUAUUUCCAAAGAACCUAGACCUGUUAGUGCCUCGUUCAAAGACAAGGUAAGCAAAGUAGAUUUGAAAAAGCAAGACACUAAAACGAAGACCAAGCUCACUAAUGAUACUGUUCCAAAAGAAGGGAAAGAGGUUGAGGAAAAAGCAAAGCCAAAAGAUGAUGACAAACAAAGACCUCCUAAGCCUGAAAAGCAAGUCACAAGGAAAGAACCUGCUAAAGAUGAGAAGGAAGUUAAGAAAAAAGAGGACAGGCCAUCAACUAGUGUUUUAAAGAAAGAAGAGAAUGUUGAAAAAAAGAAAGAACCCUUGAAAAAGGAUCUUGGUACCAAGCCCAAGAAAGAUAUUAAACCUGAAUUAAAAAGGGAGAUUAAGAAAGAAGUCAAACCAGAAGACAAAAAAACAACUAAAACUCUUGGGAAGGAUGUUAAGAAAGCCACUGGAAAUUUGCUAGGCAAUGCAGAGUCUAGAAAGUCAAUGGGGAAGAAUGGUUCACUAAAGAAAGAUUUGAUAGUCCCUAAAAAGGAUGCUUUUAUUAAAGGGAAGCCAAAGUCAAACAAAAAAGAGCCUGACAAUGUGAAAUCCUCACAUGAAGGAGUUGCAGAUCGGUUAAAGACAUCUACACCUGAUGAUAUUACUGCAGAAUUGGAAAAGUUGAGGAUUGAGAAUGAGCCAAUGCAGGAUAUUGAAGGCAACCAUUUGAAUUCAAGAACUGAAGGUGAUUCGCAGGUGAAUGGCUCUAAGAUAGGGAUUGACGAAAGUCCAGAGAAGUUUCGGAGUAUGGAUGGGCUUUCUGGUUCAAAUAAUGCUGUUGGAACUCCCUCGCCUCUUACAAAGACUCCAAAGAGUGAGAAAAGUCUCAAUUUUGAUCUCUCGCCAACAGAUCUUGAUGAAUGCCUAAAAGAGGAUAUCUGUGCUAGCUCUGAUGAAAAAACUCUGGAGUUGGUUUCUCCUACAGACUCUGGAAAGAACGGUGCAGGACAUACCCCUUUUACUCUUUCCCCUGAUCAUGCUGCUCAGAUCUCUGGUGACGAUGGUGGUGUAAGUAUCAGGAUGUCUGAUCUCAGUGUGGACAAUCAGAUGGGAUCCCACAAGACCUCUAUGGGAGGUUGCUCUAAAAUCAAUUUGGAAAACAGCUCCAUAUCCUCACAAGACAGACAAUCAAGCUUACUCUCAUCAAUGUCUCUUAAAGAUACUUUGCCUGAUGCCUCUCCAAGUAUUACAUCCUUUCCUGCGGAAGUUGGCUCUCCACACUCCACUGAAGUAGAUGAUUCCUUUUCGGUUUCCUUUGAACAAGUGCCUGUUUGUCACUCACCAAAAGAGGAGAUGGGUAAUGUGGCAUUCGCUAAUGGACAUUUAUCAGACCAUGACUCAAUGAAUAUGUCGCUACCCUUAAAAACAACACACAAUAGUCAUCACACAUAUGAUGGAUCAGAGAACAAUAUCUUUGGACCACAGAUCGAUAUGUUUCCACAUGAUGUUGAUCUGUGCCUGGUUUCACCUUGUGAGUUCAAGCAUCAUAAAUCUCCAGAUAACCAACAUGGACAGUCUCCUGGGAUGGCAGACCCAAGUCCUGACCUUUCUCAGGAGCCAGUUAGACUACCCCACCAAUGCAAUAAUAGUGAUCAUCAGUCAUUGGAAGGUCAAGAGACCCCAACCUCCUCUGUUAGUGCCUCUCUGAUCUCUGUUUCUGAUUCUGAUGUCCCACCAGCAACUGUAGAGUGUCCUUCCAUUAGCGAGGACUUAGAAUCGGAUGAGGACAUUGGUGAGAUGUUUCCACCACACCAUCCUCAUGACCAUCCCAGCAAUCAUUCAUUCCACCGUGACUCCCACCAAGACUCUGCAGACCCUCCACCUGCUCCAAUGAAGGAUUUACCUCCACUGCCACCUCAGCCUGGUGCCUGCAUGGCCGAUCCAGAGGCUGAUGGUCAAAGCAGAUCUUCCAAAAAUUUAACUGCAAAGGCCAAGAAAACAGCAACUGCAUCAAUGAAGAUGGCAUCUACAAAUAUCAUAACAGUGAGCGGGAAGACAAAGGCUGCUCUUCAAGUAUCCGCCAGUGGAACCAUUCGUGCAACAACUAGUUUGGACUCCAGGUCUGCGUCCCGCAGUGCCAUCAGUGGAUCUAGACCAGCACCUUUAAAGUUCACUUCCAGUUCUGCUAUAUCAAGUUCAGUAUCCGUCUAUUUGGACCUGGCAUAUUUGCCCUCUGGUGCAGCAGCUCCCACUGUCGAUGUGGAGUUUUUCCGGCGCCUGCGCUCAUCCUGCUAUAUAAUUAGUGGAGAUGAGCCACACAAUGAAAACGUCAUGAGAUCUAUUCUAGACUCUCUUUUAGAGGGGAAAGCAUCCUGGCCAGAUGUGCAGGUGACCCUGAUCCCCACCUUUGAUUCGCUGACUAUGCAUGACUGGUACCAGGAGACCCAUGAGCGCCAUAAAGAUCUGGGAAUCACAGUACUGGGCAGCAACAGCACUGUGGCCAUGCAGGACGAGACCUUCCCAGCAUGUAAAGUGGAGUUUUAAACUCACCCCUGCCUUUCACUAGAGCACAUCUGUUGACCUGCGAAACAAUUUGCUACAUGUUUUCUCUCAAUUUCUUCACUGUGAGAGGGGUUAUAUUGAGAAGCAGGAUGAAGAAUUUCUAUUUAUCAGUGGUUUGGAACACAGAAGACUUGAAUGCUAACUAACUAGAGUGGAAGUCACAAUGUUUGAAUUUUUGGUGAACUAUUCCUAAUGAAUUACUGAUAAAAAAGUUCAUUCACUCUCUUGUCUUCCCAAACUUGUAUGACUGCGACCAGUACAUUCUUCAAAGUUUGGAACGAUAUGAGGGUAAAUAAUAGGGGUGAACUAUUCCUUCAAUAUCCUUAUGUGCUGCUUCUUAAAAGGAUAAGGAUUUUGUGUGAAGUGGUUAGAUAAUAUUGCCAUGUAUUUUUACUUGUAUUCAAAUUUCAAGUAAUUUUACAUUUGCCUGUGUUAUUGUAGUAUCAUUUGUUGCAUCUUGUAGAUGUUCAGACAUGUUGGCCAAGUUUCAUCUGAACAAUUUACCAUUUCUUGUGUUUCUACAUUAUUACUUGCAUAUACAUUUUCCCCUUUUUUUAUGUUCUUUGGAAAGAAUGAUCGAGUUGGACAUCCAUGUUAACACUCAGUGGCUUUGUAAAUUUCUUAUAUAUAUCACAGCGUGAAUUAUUAUUUUAAACAUUUUGUCUUGUCACAGUGGUUUAACAGAAAGAUCAACCAUCUAAAUUAAUAUUGAUCCAAGAUCAGUACAGAAAUUAUAAAUGUAACACUUUUAUAUUAGCUAAAUUGAUCAUUGUUUGCAGGUAAUUUCUGACUUUUUGUAACAGUGUAUCUGGAAUUAAAAGGAUAUUUUCAUUGGGUAAGCAGGACCAACAAUUAUCAUUUUUUUCUGUUAAAUUAGGGAAAUGAAAUGUAUGGAUUUUACAACCAAAUUGAACCAUCUUCUUCACCAAAGAAUGAACAGGAAUACAGGCUAGACAAACAUGUCUGUGUUUGCUUGUUCAGUAAUGUAUAAUUAUAGUUAAGGCACAUUUAUUUGGAAAUGAAAUCAUUGAUUUGAGACAAACUGAAAAUCAUGAGGAAUUGCUCUAUUUCAGAGCAGCAAAUGCAAUCGGACACUAUGUAGGAAGAAAUAAAGAUUGUUUUUGAAAAUAUACUGUAUGUUGUGAAAGCCAGGUAACUUUCUAAUUCUGCAUUUAUUAAGACUGCAAAAUAGGGUUAUUAGGCAUAGACAGACUUUUAACACUUUGUAUUUUUCCAUUUAUUUGGCUCCUGUUGUUAAAAAUAUGUAAUAAAUGCACAAAGAUGAAUACCUUAUUGUUCGACCGUCAAUCGACAAACACUAAAGCAGCAGACACUUGAUUUGAGCUUUUUGUUGAUCACCUGUUAUCUUAUUUUAUUUUAUGUUUUCAGUGUGUACAUUAUUAUAGAAAUUGCUGCCAUGCACUCCAAAAAAUACAAUGUUUUUUGUGGUUGGCAGGUGAAGCCAUGCUCAGCGAAAUAUUUUCUUUUUUGUGUGGACCUUUAUGAAACGGAACAAAUAAUUACUUAUUCAAAAGUUGCACUUUUUCAAGUCUGAGCCCAGAACAUUUUCCGUGGUACAAGUAUGUUUUAGAAGCAUUGUUUUUGUUUUGUUUACAUGUAUUUUUGUUUUUCAUUAUAAGAAGAAAUCAGCCAAAAAAGAAAAUGACAAAUAUCUUAGCAUGCUUGUGUUAAAUGUCACUAACAUGCUUAAAUGUGUCAGUACUGAAUUCUGAACAUUUUGCGUAUUUUCUUGUCAAAUAAAGUUGAUAAAU